AUGUCAGACUUCCUGCUCACCUGCCUCUGGUGUUUCUGUAAUGAUAGGUUUGAAAAACUUGGCUGGAAAUGUUGCCUAUCACUGCUUUUUGUGUUGUGUUGUUUCUCUCUGAAGGUGAAGACAAAUAAGAGGCCAGUGGGUCAUCAUGACCACUGUGACAAGUGUUACAACGUCCACUGUCAGGUCCCAGUGCAGUCCUCUGUGUCGUGCAUGGUUAUCAAGUGUCGUAAAAACUGCGGUGCCACCCUCCAUAUGUGCAAACAAGAGGAGCACCAGCUUCUCUGCCCGAAUGAGACGGUCCCUUGCAUUAACGUUAACAAUGGCUGUCCCCUCACAAUGCUGCGCCACAGGUUGGCCAAACACCUAGAGGUCUGUCCGGCCAGCGUGGUCUGCUGCUCUCAGGAGUGGAACCGCUGGCCUGUCGCAGAAACCGAUCCGACCUUUUACAGAAAUGUUUCUGAAAACCCCCUGGCAAACACAGAGCUCAACCUCGAUGUUGCUUUGGCUCUCAGGGACCAGGAGCUGCUGUUUCAAUCCAUCAAAAUGAAGAACAUCUUUCCCGAACUGAUGGCAGAGGAGGAUCCUGGCCUUCAGAGUGUCUCUGCUGGGGUCAACGGCCCUGCAGAGGAGGCAUCCUGUUCUUUAGAUUGCGGUGAACUCACAGAAAAUGAUUGGGCGAAGACUGAAGUAAAAGAAAUGAGUCAAGAGGAGAGAGACACUUUGGCGAAGAGCAGGGAUGUGACGAGUAUUGAAAAUUACAACUCCUGGGAGAAAAUAUUCAACAAAGAGAAGGAGGGAUGCAAGGAAACUGUCAAAAACCUGAAUAAGGGGGAGAAAGAAAAAGAGCAAGAAUCAUCAAACAGUCAGGGAGAGACAAGAGACUCACACCAGGGUGAAAAAAGUGCUGCUGCUGCCAGAAGCACGGAUGGUGCAACCGGCCUUGCUCCGUGGCAAGACGGGGUACUUGAAAGGUUAGGCAAAGAAGUCAACAUUUCAGAGUAUAAUAUGUACCUGGUGCACAACGGGGCCAUGUUGAUUAACUUUGGCCAACUUGCUGCUUGCACACCGAGAGAAAGGGAUUUUGUAUAUGGGAAUCUGGAGCCCAUCGAGGUGAAGACAAUCCGCUCAUUUAAUGUUCCAACGAGCUACCGAGCAAAGCGCUGUCACCUUAAAGACCCCGCACAGAGGGCCAAGACCACACACAAGAGUGUUGACACUGCAGAUUUGGGAGUGUCAGUUGAGGAUCUUCCAAAGUGUGAGGAGAUUAACGCAACGCUUCUGUGCUCCCUGGAAAAGGAACUGAAGGGACAUUUAAUCUCAGAGAGCACAUCGACAGAUGGUCUUUAUGUGGAUGUAGGGACACAAACGUACAGCUUUUCAUCUGCACCGUUCAAAACAAAUGCAUCCCUUGCAGAGGUCAUCGCAGAUAAACCCCAUGGCGUUUAUAUGCACGUUGAGUCGGAGUCAGUCACCAGGAGGCACAAUAAAACCAGUUCAGCCUUCACCUACAUCUGUGGCCACUUCUUUCGGCGCAACGAAUACCGCCAUCAUUUCAGGAAUGUGCACUGUGACAUACAGGCCUCUCUAAACGGCUGGUUCCAGCAGCGCUGCCCCUUAGCGUACCUCGGCUGCACUUUCACCCAGAUGAGGUUUUACCCUGCAGGUCAAAGAGCUACAAUAAAAUUCUGCCAAGAUGUCAGCACCUUUGCUCUCCAGCCACAAGUCCCUUCUUCUCUCUGUGAAGGCGGGAAAAACUUAAGCCCUCAGAGAAAUGGUAUAUGUAAUGUGGAUCCCCUCAGCAGGCUCCCUCUGGAGAUCCUGCAGCAUAUUGCUGGUUACCUCGAUGGUUUUACACUGUCUCAGCUGUCCCAGGUUUCCCAUCUGAUGAGAGAGGUGUGUGCUACGUUGCUGCCAGAGAGAGGGAUGGUCUCCCUCAAGUGGGAGAAAAAGACAUAUUCCACCGGAGCAAGUUCCUGGAGAUACAGAAAGAAAGUUUGGAAAUUCAGCCCUGUGUUUUCUUCCGUGGACAGAUGGAGCUUCGGAGAUGCUCCUUCCAUGUCAGAUCACCUGCAAAGCUGCUCCUUCUACCAGAGACAUGAGCGCAGGGAGCCGGUGGCUUUAGCCUGCCUGGGAGAGGUCAGAGGCAAACAUGGUGAACUAAAACACAAAAGAUAACACUUAUGUCCCAGAGCACAGCGGGUGGACUGCAGCAGGAGAAAAUGCCGUGUUUAGAAUCACUGACGUGAAAUGUAUGCAACCACAAAACUGAAAAGUGGAUAAAGCCUACGCAUGUAAAGCUGUUGUAUAAAAAAAGAUGGAUUUUCAGAGCUGCUCUGUGUUGAAGCCCUGCAGAUAGAUAGUAUAUAUGUGAAAACAUUUACUUUGGCAUAAACUGCAAUUUUGAUGUGAUUUAUUCAGUCUUGUCCUCAAAUCACUUUCCUCUUGUACAGGCAAAACCCUUCAAGAUGCAUUUACUUAUGCAGAAAAUGAAAUAAUCUCACUGAAUUUCCAGUUUUACUGAUGUGUUGUUUGAGAGACGUCCUCCUCAGCUGUGAUAUCAGAUGAACUGUGUUUGGCAUACUGAGCUGAAUGGUGUUGUUUGUUCCAUCUCAUUUCAUUCUUGUGGUAAAAAAAAAAAACAUCAUUUGAAAGAAAUAACGGCCACUGCUGCUGACAGUUUCAGCAUGACAAGACUGACAUCUACUGGAAAAAAGCUGAAGUACCUCAUCCAUCCGGAGUGACGCCACAUCACACAAAUAUUAAUUUAAUAUCUGAAUACUGAACAUGAAAUCACAUGUCCUGUCUGUCAUAUUUGAUUAAAC